AUUAUGAUUUGGGAUACAUCGCGCAUGUUUUUAUGUUAUGAUACUCAUAUUAUGGUUUUGGUAUUAUUGAAAAACGAAAUUUUUGAGUCGUAUUUUUGGGUCGUUUCAUAUCUCCACUAUACCACCUUGUCAAAUUCAGGAUAAAAGAAUCUUGUGGUUUUCACUUUUGACAAAGCAUCUAAAAGUAAAACCACCACAAACCAUUUCAUCUGCAGGAGGAUUUUGAUUAGUUUGAGGAUGUUGAUAUGUUAUACAACACCUUAUCACUAGACAAACUAGAAGCUCUAGAAGAUCUUGUUAUCAUGCAGCCCUUGGUCAUGUGUUUGUAUUCACUGGUCAUGUGUUUGGGUGAAGGUUUGGAUGGUGGUCUGAAUGGUGCAUGCACCAAAGCCUGCAAAUGGAUUUUGGAUCAUGGCAGUGUCACCACCAUCCCAUCAUGGGGCAAAACAUGGCAUUCUAUACUUGGUGUGUGCGGGGGGAAGGAACCAACCCAAUGGCCCGGAGUUUUGGCACCUUCCAUCUUUACUUCCUAUGUAUCCAGGGUCUUGUUCAAUGCUUUAAGCUGUGUUUGA